AUGGCUUAUAAGAGUAUUUAUUCUUAUGGCGAUGGUUAUACUACGAGCUAUUCCAGUAGCUAUUAUGCUUAUCAAGUAGGCGUAAUAUUUGCAAUAGUAAUUGCCGGUAUUUUAUUUUUCGGAAUAUGCGCAGCAAUUAUUUAUUUCGGAUUUGUUAAAAGGAUGAGAAAAACUGAAAAACAAAGACGUAUAAGUAGUAGUACUGCAUCGAGAACAACUAGUAUUUUACGGGCACCAACUACAACCUAUACAUCAUUAAGAAAUGAAAAACCACCAUUCCCACAGCAACAAUCACAUGGUACCUACAUUUCUAGUCUGGAAACACCAAUUUUGCAAUCAUCGAUGCAUACUCAACCUGCGUACAUAACACCGCCACCGAUGUAUGUCGUUCAACCGGAUUAUUCACAAUCUCAGAAGCAACAAAGCAAUUAUCCGCAUCAUUCAGAAAUAUCCGGAAAUGUGCAAUCUCAUCAGAAGAAUUAUCCCAGUUCAACAACAACUGCAUUGCAACAAAAUCUCACAUCGGAACAACAUCCUCGUUCAUUUCAUAUGUCUUCCGUUUAA